AUUUGAUCUCACCCAUUUCGAAGUCGUCAUGCAUUUGCUGCGUAUUCCAAGAUGAUUAGCUAAUCGGUUGGCAUAAACUUUAGCACAGAUUUAUUUUCUACCACAAAUCCUUUUGACACUCUUUUGAAUAUUUUCGUCUUGGGCCACUCUCCGUUUCAAGUGCAAUGUCAAUGAAUGGUCAUCUCACCGGCAGUGUAUUGAAAUUACUGCUUUGCGAUCCAGAAGUUGACGUACCUUUCAUUUUAAUUUAGUCAAAAGUCCAUUUCAAACUGUAGCAAGCAAGCCACUUCAAAGAUACCAACAUGGAUAUAAAAGAAGCAAUGCGUGAUUUGUUUAUUAUUGAUUUAUUCACCAAAUAUGGAAAUAAUCAGCAGAAGGGCAAUUUCUGUGCAGACGGAGUCCUGUGGUUUGAAAUCCUGAAGAGGUGCGACAAUAACUCUUUGCUGCGAGCUGAGUUGACUUGUCAGCUCUUCCAUCGGAUUCUGAGCAGUUCUCAGUUUUGGAUUGAGAAAUGUGAAUAUGACGGUGUUGCAUUACCGUCAAUACAGUGGAGAAAAUACCUUUAUGAAAAGGAAUAUAGUAAAUCAUCUGAUCCAUAUAGCAAUGGAAUACCGUUACCACAUGUGUUUGAUUAUAAAAGAAUCUGCAUUGGUCGACCAUUUGGUCGCAACAUCGCUGUUACUUUGGGCAGCCAUUGUACGCUGGAUAGUUUGAAACAAAAAGGAAUGAGAUUCAAAAGCGGCGGCAAUGGAAUCAUAAUAGAGCGACCCCCAGAAGGCAUUGACUCAGAUGAGAUCUCCAUCUGUUUUACAACCAGUUAUGGAUGGUGCAGCCGGUAUUUUGAGAUUGAUUUGAACAAAGCAGGUGUACAGGAUUGGAUCAUGGAUCUGAUUCGACCAGAAAUCACUGUUCGUGAACGCUGCAUUUGCAGAAGAGAUUGUGAGGCAAUAUAUGAGCUUCAAGUAAAGCUCUUGAAAGAGCACGAAGAGUUCGAUGCAAGUGAAGACUACGAAAAACUUGAAAACUCGAUCUAUCCUCGCUUUCGUACUGCCAAGCGAAGUUGGGCUGAAGAAAAAGGAAAGUCAUGGGAACUUGUUGAAUACAUGUUCGAGGAUUACCCGGCCGGUAUCAGAAGGAUAGGUGUUUUGAGUCGUGGAAAAGACAGUCGCUAUUGGGCUGGUCACUACGGUUCCAAAUUCGGAGCUACGGAAGUACGCAUCAAAUUGCCCGACAAUCCCAGAAUGCUGGCUCUUGAUGAAGCAGUGGACGCUUGGAGUACUUAUGUAGACUGUUAGCUUUCUGCUAACUUUAAUUUUUCCUCUAGCACUUCUCAUUAGCUGGAGUGGGUUUCUUGAAACAGUCCUAACUCAAGUAAUGUGAAAAUUAUGAAUUGAAUUCUAUAAGACAGAAAAACUUGAUACAAAUGAGGCUCAGUGUAACUUACCAGCAGUGCGAAAAUAUGAUAUAUGUUACAAAAUUGUGUUUCACUUUGGUUAUUCUCAUUGUAGAAGGUUGAUAAUCAAUCUUUUAUGAAUUAGACUAGCUAAACUAUAAAUUAGACUGACCAGCGACUUUUUGAGCUGUAGACCAAGACACGAUUCAAACCGAUCAGAUUUUCGUCAUGGUCAAUGGAUAAGUAUGUAUCGCACAUAUCCUAAAUUCGCCUUUAACCUUAAUUUCUUCAAAAUGUAUAAAGCCUCCACCAUCUUGAACAAAGGCGGUGCUCCUAGUAGCAUCGUCUGCGCCACAUUUCUUUCCCCAUCAUUGUUUUGUGGUAUUUUGUAUGGGGAAAAGUUGAAUUAGUGAGUAUGCAUCGAAGAAUCUGUUUGCUUCUUUUUUGAGUGGUAUGCAGCUUGUGCGAAUGGGCCACUCGCCUUCUGACAUACUAUUGGACAUAAACAUGACUUUGUCAA